AUGAACACGUUCCUGACAUUGUCCACAGUCAUUACAAACGAGCCCGAUGAGAACAUGGUCGUCGCAGCUAGCAUUAACUCCGACGGUACCCUUAACCUCGACAGGGCUGUUGCAACGGGCGGCCACGGUGCGCAUGGUCAGUCAACUGGCCCCGACGCUCUCUUCUCCCAGGGCGCAAUCAAGGCGUCUGCGAAUGGCAAGGUUCUUGCUACUGUCAACGCCGGCUCGAACACCGUCUCCUUGUUUUCGAUCGACUCGAAGACGCCGACGAACAUCCAGCCGCUCGGUGACGUCGUCUCCUCGGAGGGCGAGUUCCCCAUGUCGCUCGCGUUCAACGCCAACGGCGACCGCCUGUGUGUCCUCAACGGCGGCCAAGUCAACGGUGUCAACUGCUACAAGGUCGACAAGAAGACCGGCCUAAGCGCGAUCGCGAACACCCUCCGCCCGCUAGGCCUGAACCAGACGACGCCCGCGACGGGCCCCGCCGGCACCGCGAGCCACAUCGUGUUCAGCGAGGACGGCAAGCAGCUGAUCGCGUCCGUGAAGGGCGUGCCGCCCACCCCCGGCUUCCUCGCGAUCUGGGACGUGAACGCGGACGGGUCGCUCUCGCCCGACUUCAAGAACGUCGCGCCCGCGAAGGACGGGCUGCUGCCGUUCUCGAUGACGGUCAUCCCGGGGAAGAACGCGAUCCUCGCGACGGACGCGGGGCUCGGGUUCGACAUCUUCGACCUCAAGGACAACAACCGCAGCUCGGCGAUCGCGAUCGACGGCCAGGUCGCGACGUGCUGGUCGAGCUUCAGCAAGAAGACGGGCAACUUCUACCUGACGGACAUCGGCACCGCGACCGUCACGGAGGUGCACGUCGACGAUAACCUGAAGGGCUCGAUCGUCCAGCAGUACCCCCAGGCCCCGGGCUCUGCGACGAUCGACAACGACAUCGCUACCGUUAACGGCCAAGACUUCAUGUACGUCCUGGCGCCCAACGCGACUUCGAUCGACGUUCUCCUGCUCGAUAGCCCUGGAGAGGCCAAGAAGCUCACUUCGCUCAACUUCUCUGGACCCACCAAGGCUGCGGGGAUCACCAUCAACCCCGACAACCUCCAGGGCAUGACCGUCUUCACCAGCUAA